GAUAGGGAAAUAUGGCUGCUGAGAUUCAAUCCGAUUCUUAUAAUUCUGGUACUGUUAGGAAGAAACCUUAUCUUCUUAAUAAGCUAGAAGGAUGUGAUAGCACAAUAAAUGCUGCAGUAAUGAUUCCUCGGGAAGAGGGUGUGAUCAGUGUGAGCAGCGACAGCGAUACCAACAUCUCUUAGCUACAAUAUGGAGACCAGAAGACUGUUUGUAGGGAUGGAGAAUGGCACAAUAUCCGAGUUUAGCCUUUCUGAAGACUAUAACAGAAUAUCACACCAAAGAGAUUAUUUAGCUCAUCAGAGCAAUGUUACGCAAGUGCACUUUGUGUUGCCGUGUGAGUGGGUGCUAAGCUGUGGGCGCGACAAGUACUUCACGUGGCAUUGCUCCGAGACGGGACGAAGACUGGGCGGCUUCCAAGCAAAUUCGUGGUGCACGGCAUUGGACUUUGAUAUUCAAACCAAGCAUGCAUUUAUCGGGGACCUGUCGGGAGCUAUCACGGUCUUGAAAGUUGACAAUAAUGACUAUGUAUACAUCACAACACUAAAGGGACAUUCAGGCAGUAUCAGGUGCUUAGCUUGGGAUCCUGUAAAAAGACUCCUUUGCUCGGGAAGCUUCGACCAGUUGGUCAUAGUGUGGGACAUCGGAGGACAAAAGGGAACUGCAUUUGAACUACAGGGACAUCAUCAGAAGGUGACCGGGCUGAGCUAUGCUACUGGUACACAGCAGCUGUUUUCCGCUGCUGAGGAUUGUAUAAUCAUCACCUGGGACAUGACCUUGCAGAGGAAUGAGACGCCGGAUUGGUUGGACAGUGACACCUGCCAGAAAUGUGGUGAGCCAUUCUUCUGGAAUGUUAAAGACAUGUGGGAUAGGAAAACCAUUGGGGUCAGACAGCACCAUUGCCGCAAGUGUGGGCGUGCGGUAUGUGACAAGUGCAGUGCACAUCGGUCACGUUUGCCGCUGCUAGGUCACGAGUUUGAAGUCAGGGUGUGUGACGACUGCGUUAGAUCGUUAUCAGAAGAUGACAAAAAGUCACAUGCGCUCUUCCACGAUGCAAGACAUCACGUUGUGUGUAUGAACUUGGACGAAACAACUGGGCGUCUAGUGACAGCUGGGACAGACUCGGUUAUCAAGAUAUGGGAUGUCUCGCAUAUGGUUAAUCCAUGAGGAGAUGUGGCUUUGCAAUGAUCAGUACUGUGCGGGAAGCAUCAUGUGACAGCAAGACCUGCUGGAGUUGCGUGCCUCGGGUGAGACACCAACGUGAUGAGACAUUGAGACGUCACAUCGAUACGCAGGCGCGCAUUAAGGCGCAUGCUUGCAGACGUCUAAUGGCAGUUAGAAAAUGUCAUGUAAUAGUAAUGUGUAUAACAUCUUAUGUAAUCGUGUAGCAUGGUUGUUCGUGUAUGACGCCGAGUAACUGCACAUAUACAAAUAGCUUUAAUAUAAAAUACCACACGUGUUGUAGGUUGCCAACAAGUCCAAACAGGUAUUUCAGUUUGGCUUUGCUUCAAGAAAGCAUAAAAAUGUCACCGUACUUAUGUUAUAAACAGUAACAAAUGCUACUACUGGGCUGAAUUUCAUUAUUGGAUUUGUAACACACAGGGUGAAUGCCAUAUUCCAGAAAAAUAUUCACAAAUAGGCACCACAUAGCUUGGCUUGUAUUUCACUGUAAAUACUUGAUGUGAUACAUGCAAAAGUCUCAUGCUUCUGCUGCUGUUAUGAAGGUGGGAUCUGGCAGGUCUGAGCAGCUAUGACCUCUGAGGCACGUUUGUUUCACCAAGUAGGCUUGUGUUGUUUGACUGUCCUGGUUUUCACAUAUAUAUAUAUAUAUACCAGGUAUAAGGACAUGUGGGGUGGAUCUCUACACUCGUCCUAAUAUUUAUUACCAUAAAAUACAGUUACAUAGUGUGGUAUAAAACUGACAUGACAUUUUCAUCACUUAAUCAUCAGUGACACGUGCAACCUUCUAAUGGCCUGUUAUGUCACUAUAUAGCAACCAUUUAGCUAUAAUUUUAUACUGUGGCAUCCCCAUGUUAACAGUUGCAGCUGUUAACGGAAUUAAGUGAUAGAAUACUUUCGCAUUUAUAUAUAUGCGUGCUUUGACUAUAUUCUUAAACACAGCAUGAUGCAGAGACCUGUUGACUAAUCAGAUAUAUAUGAUGCCACAAUCAACCUUGUAUUGUAACACUCAAUCUUAUUAAUAGCGAAAUUACAGCGAAUGUACUCAUUGGUUUUCAUUAUGAAUGUGCAUUACUUGAAAGUGCAAGUAAUGGUUAAUUGUCUCUAAUAUAAUGUGCAGGAAGUGUACUAGCAGCUCCAUUAUAACACUUCACGUAUACUGCUGUGAUUGAUAGUAUCUGAGUCAGACAUUAUAAUGGAGAUAAACUAGAUUUACAUUACGUACUAUAGUCGCAUGCAAGCUGCAUAUUCUAUCCCGACUUGUUUGUAUUGACAUGAACCUAUGCUUAGUUAAUCAUGCUUCCCCGGUACAGGAAUUAUGUCAGAUUGUCUGGUCGACAUACGGAUGUCUAGUGAUUUUAUUUAUAGUUCAAACAUGUUUAGGCUAUUUUUAUUUAAUGGUGUAAAUUUAUAAGUUUUAAUUUAAUAUACAAAGAGAGCAGCAAACAUGAUCACAUUGUAUGGGCAUCACGAUUGUUUUGAUGUCAAGAAAAUUAUACAGAUUUUAUUGGAAACGUUGAGAAAUUUACCAUGCUACAUUAAACAAAGUUCAAAUGUUAUGUCAUGAUAUCACGCUUCGUAUCUGCUAUGAGAAUGACAGCAUUUCUUUCAGUACCCUAUCCUACUCUUCCGAUUUUAUCUCUCACCCUCUAUAUCUCCUGUUCUACCUUACCGGCACCCUUCUGAUCCUAUCUUUCUUAUACACUAAUCUUUAGACUUUUUCAGACAACACAAUCAUUUUAUUUGCCCUGGUUAUUUUAAUGUAACUGUAAGUCUUCCCUAUGUGUACACGUGUUUGUAGGUGGAAAAGGAAUCUGUCAUAGUAAUUGCGGAUAUGAAUUUUAUGUUGUAAGGGUUGUUUUAAAUAUAAUACUGUAGGGUCAAAACGCAGUUUAAGAUUUAUUAUCCCGUCAUUAGAAAACUGCUUUGAAGAGUUUGGAAUAUUAAGCUGCAUCACACAUUCCGUAUUUUGUAAAAAAAAAGCGAGUUGUUGGUUGAUAGUUGAAUCAAUAAAAUAAACAUUUCGUUGGUCAAUAUAAAA